UUAGCUAGCUUUGCAAAAGAGGAAGCGUAUGACUGAACUGGUGAUCACGGAACUAAGCGCUUGGCCAGAGUCAAAUAAAUAAGGGAUUAAUCUCGAAUUACCUCCGGUGUAAUCCCGUAACCCUUUCCACGAUGUCUCGGCAAUCUAACCGAACAACAGACAGCAAGAAAAUGAACUCGGAGCUGUUUACUCUGACCUAUGGGGCUCUGGUGACCCAGCUUUGUAAAGACUAUGAGAACGAUGAGGAAGUCAAUAAACAGCUGGACAAGAUGGGAUACAACAUUGGAGUGCGUCUGAUUGAGGACUUCUUGGCCCGCUCCAGCAUCGGCAGGUGUCAGGAUUUCCGAGAAACAGCCGAUGUCAUCGCUAAGGUAGCCUUUAAAAUGUACCUGGGAAUUACUCCCAGCGUGACCAACUGGAGCCCAGGAGGAGAUGAGUUUUCCCUCAUUCUAGAGAACAACCCUCUGGCUGACUUUGUGGAGCUGCCGGAUAACCACAGCACACUCAUUUACUCCAACCUGCUGUGUGGUAUCCUCAGAGGAGCCCUGGAGAUGGUCCAGAUGGCGGUUGACGUGAAGUUUGCCCAGGACAGCCUCAGAGGGGACAACGUUACAGAAAUCCGCAUGAAGUUUAUUAAGAGGAUUGAAGAAAACCUCCCAGCCGGAGAGGAGUGAUGAGGAAAACAAAGACACUUUUAUUAUGUUUAGCUGUGGGGUUUUUCUUUCAGUUGUUUUGCAUGUUUAUUAAUUUAUGUACAUAAUUGUAAUCAAUGAAAUCAACAUUAAUCAA